UUUAAGUAAAAGUCUCUAUUACACAAACAAAAGAAUUUCUCUUGGUGACGGGGCCACUCUCUCUUUCUUUGAUCAUUAUGAGUUGUGUGGCUUCGUACCCUCGUCUUCUCCACCACCUCUAUCAACAUCCCUGUUGUGACUACACAAACAACAACCCUACUUAUCAUCUACACCUUAAUCCUCUUUCAUCCUAAUACGCUUGUCGUUGGAUGGCAUACAGUCAUGCAUUUUGGGCCGUUGAUCAUGAGCCAUGACAUGAUUAGGCAAGUCACAGUGCAACACAUCAAUUUUAUCAGAUUUUGCUUCCUGAAUAAACCCAAAUAUUUAUGUCACAAAUAUUAGCUGGCUCUCUCUAUCCAAUAUACACAUCUCUGUAGUUUCCAAACCAUCAUUUAAACAAAUCAGCCUGAGAGGGCUCUGCCACACUGUCCGUAUCUGUCUCACAUAAUGCACUUGUAUAAUAACACCAUGCAGAUCCCCAAUGAGCCUCGCCCAUGCCAAAACCAAACUCCAACCCGCCUAGGAUUUGGUUUCAAGGCCUUAAUCCUAGACCCCAAAAAAAACCCAUCUCAUAAAACUUGCUCCAUGACGCUCUCCGACUUGCUAUCCCCAACUUCCUCUUCUCUUUUGAGUGGAGAUUACAUUGGAAUGGAGAGCUCGACUGACGUGCUUAAGGACGGUGAGGAUCAUCAACUGCUACCGAAGGUGACCGGUAGUGGUGGUGAUGGGCAUGAUGGUAAUUUUGGUCAGAGGGUAAGGAGUAGGAGGGAGCAAAAAUGGGCAUUGAAGAAUAAGGAGUUUCCACCUCCUAUACCUUUGUUGGCACGCACUGAGAACUUGCCCUCUCGUAUGCCUUGGGUGUUGAAGAGGCAUUGCACAGAUGAUGGGAGAUUGAUUCUCACGGAGGAGAAGGUUAGGCAUCAUGAGUACUUCAGGGCUCAUAGGUCAAAUGGCAGGCUCACUUUGCAGCUUAUACCGCUUGAUGAUGAGAUUUUGAUUUCCCCAUUUGCUUGCAAUGGGAAUGGGAAUGGGAAUGAGAACGAGAAUCAUAAUGGGAAUGAUGAUGAUAAUGAUGUUGGUGAAGGUGGCCACGACGACAACGAUAGUUGUGAAGAUGAUGACGAGGAUGAUGUGGUUGAAGAUAAAAAAAAUAGUGGGACUGGGGCAUCAGCAGCUUCAGCCGGGAAGUGCUUUAGUUUCAAUAGCGUGGGAACAGGUUCACCCUGCAUAUUUGGAGUGCCAGUGCUGCCAACCAUCAGGCAUGUUCACAGUUAGAUUUUGAUGAUACAACACUAAUGUCACUUUUAUUUUAUAUUUCUUUAUAUCAUGUCAUGUGACUCAUGUGUCCAUGCUUAAUAUUGUUGUUACUACUAGUCUUUAUUAAGUCUUUAUUUGUCUUGUGAAAUUUUCACGGGUUGUCAUGAUCUGUAGGUUCAUUGCACGUAGGACUGAUGUGGAGGGAAUUUUUUUUGCAUUUUUAUUGAUUUUGUUAGUAAUUCUUGUCUGUAGAGACUAUGUUGAGGAUGUGUCAGUUUUCGUGUUUUAUUUUUCAUAAAUGACAUGAACACAAGAA